AUUCUUACUUUUUUUUCAGUACGCAGUUACGAUAAUGCUACCACCUGCGGUCUGGUAUGGACACCAAACUUUGUAGCGUAUCGCUGUCGCACAUGCGGCAUAUCUCCCUGUAUGUCCUUGUGUACCGAGUGUUUCAAGAAGGGAAAUCACUAUCGUCACGACUUCAACAUGUUUCUCAGCCAAGCAGGUGGUGCAUGCGACUGUGGCGAUACGUCUGUGAUGAAGGAGACUGGAUUUUGUGAUAGGCACGGGCCAAACGCUGCUGUAAAUAAAUCAGUCGCACCAUCUAAUCUGAUGUGCGUAGCCGAGGCGAUGAUGCCCAGAAUUAUUCUUCGACUUAUACAACAUUUACGUGAAAAUUGUAAAAUGGGGGUGCCAGAUUACAGAGGUGCUAUACACGAGGCAGACGCUUACUUGACCAUGUUGCUCGACUUGAACAACAUGGGCGCAUUAAUGAGGCACGUUAUGACGUCAGCUCUCACGAAUCCGCAAAAGUACCGAGGCCUCAUGGAUCCCUCCGUAUUAACGGGACAAUCGGAGUACGACAGCUAUUGUCAAGAUAGCAACAAAAUAUAUCAGCAUGCUGUGAAAUCGCUACCAAAUCCCGAACCUCCGGACGAAUAUAAAGAAUGCGUGUCACUUCAAGAGCACUUAGAACACACCACAUUCUUGGAAGAACUGAUGUUCUGGACCGUUGCUUACGAGUUUCCGCAGAAAUUGGUCUGUCUGCUCUUGAACAUGUUGCCGGAUCCUGAUUACAAGGAGGCUUUAACUCGCGCCUUUGUGUUACACUACAGCAGGAUCUCAAUGAUGCUCGAACGUUCCACGGAUCCCGACACGUUGAGCAAUAGAGUUGUGCACGUUAGCGUACAGCUGUUUAGUAACGAGAAGCUGGCAUUAAGGAUGGUUGAUCAAUUGAAGUUAUUACACGUUAUGGUUAUUAGUUUAAAAUACAUGAUGAGCAAAAUACUCAUUCAAAAUACCUUGCACGAUCCAGAUAAGAACUUCCAUUAUGUCGUGGAUUGCGGACGUCAAGUGAUGAAGGAGCACUGUUACUGGCCAUUGGUUUCCGACUUGAACAACGUGCUCUCGCAUAAGCCGGUCGCCGUUAGAUUCAUGAGCGAUAAUACUCUCCUAGAAAUGUGGUUCGACUUCCUGUCUAUGUUUCAAGGCAUGAAUGUCAAUCAGAGAGAGUUAAGUCAGCACGUCGAGUUCGAGCCCAACACGUAUUACGCGGCGUUCAGCGCCGAGCUGGAAGCCAGCGCGUAUCCAAUGUGGGCCUUGGUGUCGCAUCUCCGUGGGCCUGAAAGUGCGUCAUUAAGCCGACAAGUGCUCAGCUUCUGCCUCACAGCCCUGCAGGAUUGGCUCGAUGCCGUGAAUUAUACGGAUCCGAAUGUGAGUGAUAGUUUGCAAGUAUCGUUUCAUCUACCGCUUCAUCGGUAUCUCGCGGUGUUCAUGUGCCAAGCGAUCCGACAGCAAGGAGCAACUCUGCACGAAUUAUUGCCGCCCACGGAUAUGCUACAUCUCCUCAUGAUGCAUCCGCUGCGAGUACAGGUGAGUGCACAUUUUUCUUUCCGUUUUAAUUAAUCCUUUGCGGACGCACAAUCCAAAACUUGUC